UUUUUGCUUUUGCGAGGGAUGCAAAUUGUAAAAUUGUUAGUUUUAGAUGGUACGAAUUAAGACAAAGCUAAUUAAGAAACAUUCUUUAUGAAAAUCAAUUAUUUUUUCAUCAGGGUAUAUUUGAUUGUAUUUACCGACCGCUGCCUCCAUAGAAAAACAAAUAAUUUUUAUUGAGCACGUGCUCGUUUUUGUAAUCAUACGGGAUAGACAAUAUUCAAACAGGAGCGCAAUAAUAGACUUAUAUAGUCAAUGAAGUGUGACUGAUUGUGUCAUCAGGCAUAAUAUUCAGUGCGUUAGCAGACAAUACUUGGGAAGUGACUGUACACUUUUACUAUCUAGCUAGUAUAAAUUCACCUGUCGUUUUCUGAGGCAAUUCAGUAUAAAGUGUACAAGUGAAGGUAAUUGUUUGAAAUCAUGGUGCUGGAAAAUAAUUUAUACAGCACUGGUAAUAUACUAUUAUUGAAUGAGUUGAAAAAAAAGGCAGGACUAAAUUCUAGAGAUGAGUUGAUCGAAGCUCUCAAAAUUACUCUGGAUGAUUCUCAGAACAAUGGUGAAUCUUCAAAAGCUAGUAAUGGUAUUGAUAUAAACUCUGAAAAUACAGAUAGAAAAGAACAAAAAAUAACUGUUAAGAUAUUUUUAUCCAGUUCAGAUACGAAAUAUCUCAAGGAGGCUAUAGAUGAAGUAUGUAAAAUAUUAAAUACCAAUGCAAUUGAAUCACUGGUAAUUGUUUUAAAUAAAGAAGAAAAUGAAGAUGAUAUUCUAUCAUCAAUACAAUGUCUUUGGACGGUGCUGGAAGAAUAUUUAAACAAUGGAAAAUUAAUUAGCAUUGGAGUUAGUGAUCUGGAUACAGAAAAAUUUAUACAACUAUAUAACUGGGCUAAAGUAAAACCAGACAUCAUUCAAAUCAAUCUUGCUACAUGCUGUGUUGUUCCACCUGCUCUUCAAGAAUUCACUAAACAAAAUGAUAUUCAGUUAUUAACUCAUAGUGACCCAAAUCCAAUUUUGCCUAAAGAGUCAUUAACAGAUUUUUUUGGCGCUGAUAGUCAAAUGAGUUGGGCAGCACGUUAUCAAAUACAUUUACGGUGUAGAGGAGUUCUGUCAUCAAAAGGAUAUUUAGUAAGGAUCAAUAAGUCAAAGUAAAAAAUUAUUGCUAUCAAAAGAGUACUACGUUUUUCUGGAAUAUAGAUCAAGCAUUAUUAAUAACUUCUUGAAGAAGCUAAAGAAAAAGGAUCUUAUAUUUUAUAAAUAUAUUGAAUUUUAUAAUAUUGUAUAUAGAAAUUACCGAAGUGAAAAUCUGAAUGUUAGUCUAAUUAUUUUAUAAGCAUUUACUUCGGAGACAAUGUAUUUACCGAAUCAUGUAAUCUAGAGAAACAUAUUUGUUAACAUUUUAAAAGUAUUUUUAUAUUUCUACAAGAAGAUUUUUUGUUUUGAAAUUUUUGUCAUUGUAUUUAUUGCGUGUAUUUUAAUCAUCAUGCAUAGCAAAACACCAAAUGAUUUUUUACUUGUUUACCGUUAAAAUGAUUUUUGAACAUAAUAUGUAAUGCAAAAAUAAAC